ACAUCAAAGGUUUCGUGAAUACGCAUUAACGACCACAACCUACGGCACCAAGGCUGCCCCCUGGUUAGCCAUGAUGACGUUAAGACAGCUGGCCAAGGACGAACGCCACAAUUAUCCUGAAGCGGCUAAAGUCGUAGAAGAGAGUUUUUACAUGGAUGACCUUCUACACGGCUGUCACGACCUCGAAUCAGCGAAGAAAAUGAAACAAGAUUUGAUCGAAUUAUUAAAAUCAGGAGGGUUCAAUCUUCGAAAAUGGGCAUCAAACACGCCCGAACUACUGCAAGGAGCUAGCAAGUCUCAAGAUCAGCAACAAACAUUCGAAUUCAAAGAUCAAGAAACAACGAAAACGCUGGGUCUACGAUGGCACCCGCAGGAAGAUCUAUUUACUUUUCAACUAAAAAUUGCACCACUAUCAAAUCAAACAUCGAUCACAAUGACGAAGAGAGAGUUACUGUCAAGUAUAGCGAAAGUAUUCGACCCACUUGGGUGGCUAUCGCCAGUAACCACGAAAUUGAAGUUACUGUUUCAAAAUGUCAUAUCAAAUGACAUCGGAUGGAACGAUCAAGUACCCCAUAAUAUCAAGAAGGAAUGGUACACAAUUUCACAAGACCUACAAACUAUCAAAGACAUCAAAAUUCCGCGUUGGCUAAAUACCUACAAGAAUCAAGACCUUGAACUACACGGUUAUUGCGAUGCAUCGACGAAAGCAUACGCGUGCGCAAUCUACUGCCGUGUGAUCCGUACCGACAACAAACAAUCAACGUCGCCGCCGGUACUGAUAGCAGCAAAAUCAAGACUCGUACCAUCGAAAAAAGCUGUGACCUUGCCGAGAUUAGAACUGUGUGCAGCUCUACUUCUAUCAGCCCUCAUGGAGAAGGUCAAGCAAUCCCUAUCAGAAAACAAAAUCAAAUUGGUCUGCUGGUCUGACAGUACAGCUGUUUUGGGCUGGCUAAAUGGCGAACCUAGCAAAUGGAAGCCAUUUAUAGCUAACAGGGUUACGCAAAUUACAAAAAUCAUACCGCCGACUUGUUGGAACUACGUCAAGUCCGAAGAAAACCCGGCCGACUGCGCUAGUCGCGGAAUCACGACCCAGCAAUUACUAAAACAUCCUCUUUGGUGGAAUGGUCCAAACUGGCUAUCAUCAUACAGUGAAAAUCAAGAAAGGCCCACAUUCACUACCGAUCAAGAGGUUAAAACAUCAAAACAAUGGCACGCGGUAACAUGUAAACAAACAGACGGGGACAUUAUCAAUGAAUUAAUAAGCAAGCAUAGCAACUUGACACAUUGCACCCGCGUGCUCGCAUGGAUACUACGAGUGGCCUCGCGGCGUCAGCAGUUCUCGAGUUACCUAACAGCUGACGAGAUAAGAAGCGCUAAAAAUAGAAUUAUCAAGUACGUGCAAGAAAAAGAGUUUUCAAAUGAAAUCAUCAAUUUGAAAACAAAUCAAUCAGUGGAUUUAAAGAGCAGUAUUUUGAAAUUAAGACCUUUCCUGGAUCAACAUGGAAUGUUACGCGUUCGAGGACGACUUCAUAACGCACACAUCAGCUGGGAAAUGAAGCACCCUCUUAUUAUUCCACAUAGAGGUCGCCUGACGGAGCUGCUUAUAGAUCAAGCACAUAAAGCUGUUUUGCACGGAACCGCCAAACUCACACACUCCAAGCUACGAGAAUCAGUGUGGAUUGUAGGAGGUAAUAGAGCUACGAAAAAUCUCCUACGCCGUUGCAUAACGUGCCUUAAGCAGAAACCUCCAAAACUAUCACAACUCAUGGGGGACUUACCUGAGUCAAGGUCAAAUCCAUCAAGGCCAUUUUAUAAUACCGGUGUGGACUAUACAGGAUACGUAUCAGUGAAGGCAAGCAAGGGUCGCGGCAUCAAAACAACUAAGGGCUACAUUGCUGUGUUUGUCUGCAUGGCGACAAAGGCAGUGCACUUAGAGCUAGUUUCAGACCUAAGCUCGGAAUCAUUUCUGGCCGCUCUACGGAGAAUGUCCGCCCGGCGUGGAGCACCCCGUCACAUCUUCAGUGACAAUGGCACAAAUUUUACUAAAGCCAACAAAGCAAUUAAAAGGGAGUAUGAAGAGAUCACUGCCUCGCUAGAUGAAUCAUUUUUUAAAGCAAUCAGCGACAUGAACAUCAGCUGGCACUUCAAUGCACCUUCGUGGCCCAGCGCGGGCGGCCUAUGGGAAGCGGCCGUCAAAAGCCUCAAACAUCAUCUUCACCGAGUGCUGGGAGAACAGCACCUAACCUUCGAAGAAUUUUCGACUCUAUUGGCACAGAUAGAGGGUUGUUUAAAUGCACGUCCACUGUGUGCAUUGACCGAGGACCCUGAUGACUUGGAUUAUAUCACACCGGCACACUUUUUAGCAAGUGGUCCGACUCUCCACAUCGUUGAGACUGAAAGGGACGAGCGUACACGGUGGCGCCUAACACAGAAAAUAUUCCAAGAUAUAUGGAAAAAAUGGCAAACUGAAUACCUGUGUCAGUUACAAUCACGCUGUAAAUGGACGCAACCCAAGCCAAACAUUGAAAUCGGCGACGUCGUAAUCAUUCACGACGCAAAUUUACCUGCCGGCAAGUGGGCUCUUGGCAGGGUAUCAGAUGUUCAUGCAGGAAAGGACGGCCUUGUCCGUGUCGCUUCAGUAAAGACAAAAAAUUCAAUAAUCAAAAGGCCCAUCAUCAAGCUGUCAAAACUGCCAGUAUCAGAAAACGAAUCAUCAACCAGUGAAGAUCAGAAAAAAGAUACAUCGGCCACGCCCCCUGCAAGACAAACAAAGCAAAGAAAACCAGCAAAAUCCAAACUCAUUGGUUACAUCACUAUGACGCUUAUGAUGUUUAUGUUAUUUAUAUCGCCGGCGCAAUGCACUCAUGACGUAUCACGUUUCAAAGAGGGACAAGGCAUAUACUUUGAUAAAAUAACAAAUAUGAAACUGGCCCGAGACGAGUGGAAACUUGUAGUUUAUUAUGACAUCAAUCCAUACUGGGAAGGAUCAGAACUAUUUUCCAAAUACAUCAAGCACUUGGAAAAUACGUGUCACGCCAUCGAAAAUAAGCAACAAUGUAACAUCGUACUCAAUCAAUUGCGACACGCCUUUUCGGAAUUAAAAUACUACGACAGCAUGCUACUCGGUCAACGUGUCGAAUCACCACGAAAGAAGAGAGCAUUCUUCAAUGGCGUCGGCAACCUCGCUCACAGCCUAUUCGGCGUGCUCGACGAUCAGUUCGCCGAACAAUAUCAGAAGGACAUCGACCUGACCAGAGCUAAUGAAAAACAUUUGGCACAAUUAUGGAGGAAUCAAACCUCGGUUAUAGAAGCGGAAGCCAAUCUAUUAAAGAGAGUUGAAACAUCAAUGCAAAAUCAGCACAAAACUUUCAACCAACACAUAAACAACAUCGAGAUGAGCCUUAACAAACAGGCUACCGAAAUUCAAGAAUCAACCCAAAUAAAUGAAAUCACCGUGUCAUCAAUCAUCGCUAAUAACAUACUCGUAAACCUGAAGAGCAUACAAGACACUUUAUUGGACACCAUCGCUAACGUCAUUUACGGCAAAUUCAACGUUCACCUCUUGACACCACAACAGUUGAAAGAUGAGCUGAAUAUCAUAGCCGGGCAGAUGCCAAAGGAUUUGACUCUACCCUGCGAAAACAUCAACACCGAUCUACCCAAACUAUAUCAAUUAAUGAAGGUGCGAACAAGAAUGACCCGCCAGUACCUUAUCUUCGAAAUCAAGAUUCCCUUAGUUUUUCAAGAUGUGUACGAACUCUUCAGAUUAAUAUCAAUUCCACGUCAAGUUGGAAAAAAUAUGAUCAAAAUACGACCUAUAGCGCAUCAAGUGGCUAUAAAUAUCAAAAAAGAAUCGUAUAUACCUAUGUUGGAUGAAACCGUAAAGAAAUGCUCGCACUACGAUUCUAAUACUCUUAUUUGUACGCUACAAGGUCCAAUUUAUCAACUAAAGUCUGACUCACGCCUCUGCAUUGCCGAUCAAGUUUCAAACGAGUGCUCAGCGGACUCUGACACUUGCCACAACAUAUGGACGGAACUAAGCACUAUGAAUACAUACCUAUUCUUUUGUUGUGACGAAUGCACGGCGAGAAUCAUAUGCGGACAGGAGGUCAAGGCCGAGCAUCUAAAUAAGGCAGGAAUCAUAACCCUUCAAACAGAGUGCGUGUUAAAUGGAGACGCCUUUACCAUAUUUCCACAGAAGAAACAUUCGAACGACAUCAAAACACAAGCAACAGUUGUUAAGUUCGACGUGCCCUCCAUAAACAACGUUAUAAACUUAACAGUACCAGUCUUACAAGGCGAAUCAAAUGCUCUUGAAAACAAUGACAAAUAUUUCAAGGUCAUCAAAGACCAAAUCGAACACAUGAAGAACGAGGGAGCGCUAUCAGACAGAAUCAACUACCACGACGUUCAUCAUUACACAGUAAUUUACGUGGUCCUGGGCAUAGUCAUCGUGUUAGCAGCGCUGUACGUGCGCCGUUGCAUUCGACGCCGUCAACUCGUCGCGCGCCUCACCCCUUCGUUCGCCGCCGCCCCCCGGGAGAGCGGUCGCAGACCAACCUCGAUGUCAUCCACAUCGCGCAGCUCCAUUCCAUCAGCGACCGAGCACAACCACAGCGGACAACCCCCUGAGAGACAAGAUCAUCGCGUCGCGGCAAGUGCGCUCAACUCUACAAAUACUUCUAUGUUUAGGGGAUUUACUUCUAUCAAAUAA